AUGCUAUGCGAGUACAACACAUUAAUAGGAAAUGGCACUUGGGAACUAGUUCCUCGCCCAUCAUCCCAUCCUGUCAUUCGGUGUAUGUGGCUAUUCCGUCACAAACUAAAAGCAGAUGGUACAUUGGAUAGAUAUAAAGUGCGACUUGUUGUGAAUGGAAAGUCGCAAACGGUUGGGAUUGAUUGCACCGAUACUUUCAGCCCGGUUGUUAAACCAGCUACCAUCAGGACCGUUCUAUCCAUUGCUAUUACUCGGGGGUGGCAUAUUAAUCAGUUAGAUGUUAAAAACGCUUUCUUACAUGGUGAUUUGCAUGAAAUAUUUUUCAUGCACCAACCACCCGGCUUUGCGGAUGAAACAAAACCCGACUUUGUGUGUCGGGGGGGUUUAUGUGAUACAUCUCUUUUUAUCUAUCACCACGGUGAUAAGAUUGCUUAUUUAUUAUUAUAUGUGGACGACAUCAUUCUGACAGCAUCCUCCAAAGAAUUACUACAGUCCAUUAUCAAUCUCCUCUCUAAAGAAUUCACUAUGACCGACCUGAGUGCCUUACAUCAUUUCUUGGGUAUCACUGUGCAGCGAGACGCCAAUGGCUUAUUUAUGUCUCAGUCACAGUAUGCCAGUGACAUUCUUCAUCGGGCCAACAUGACCGACUGCAAACCUUAUGCAACCCCGGUAGACACCUCGUCCAAGCUGAGUGCAUCUGAUGGUGAACCACUUCCCGAUGGCACUUUGUAUCGCAGUCUCGCGGGCGCACUACAGUAUUUAACAUUCACCUGCCCUGAUAUCACUUAUGCAGUUCAACAAAUAUGUUUAUUCAUGCAUUCUCCACGUGAGCCACAUUUUGCUUUCCUCAAAAGAAUUCUGCGAUACAUCAAAGGCACCCCUGACUUGGGAUUACGCCUCUCUGCCACCCCCAGUGCAUCACUCACUGCCUACUCUGAUGCUGACUGGGGGGGAUGUCCAGACUCUAGACGUUCCACCUCCGGAUACUGCGUUUACAUGGGCAACAAUCUUCUCUCCUGGUCUUCUAAACGCCAACCCACAGUCUCAAGGUCCAGUGCUGAAGCCGAAUACAGAGGGGUGGCUAAUGCUGUCGCUGAAACCACUUGGCUGCGCAAUCUCCUACUCGAGCUACAUGAAGUAUCAAUGCGAUAA